CCCCCUCCGCUCCCCUGUCAAAAAAGUGAAAAAAAAAGAACAAUAGAGGCUACAAGCGAAACGCAACACGCGAUACCCUGUAACUGGAUGUUCUAGGCCUUGAACGUCACGUGUGCCACUUGCAGACUGCCGGCGGUCAUUCACAUCUCUCCUUUUCACAGUUCCACAAGCACCCACGCUCCCCCCUGGCAAAUGUCACUUUGACAACUCUGGUUUCUCAGCCGGCCCCCUCUGCCGGCACCGCCGCUGGCGCCUCUGCCCGCGUCGGCGUCGAUCGUGCCGCAAAUGAUUUGCGUGCCGUUCUUGCGUUAGCGCCUUUGGUUCCGUGCCGAUUUUGAUUUCCUCUGUUCUGCUGUUGCAUGCGUCGUCAUCGCAUCGCAAACACCGCCCAUUGAUAAACCAGAGCCCACGAGCAGCAACGCCAACAGCCAAUGCAAAAGUGCAAGUGAAAAGCAAAAGUGUUGCCAUGAAAGAACCAAAACAAUAACCUGCUAAAUGGUCAAAACAGAAGCCACAAGCUACAACCCAGAUAAAAACGCAAUUGAGAAGGGAUUGAAAGGAAUUUUGGGCUGGCAAAAUGUGCAACGAGUUUUCUUAACAAAGUUCAUCAAAUUGGCUUCUAUUGGUUAUUUUCAUUCAAGCUCCAGCCAACUGAAACUCCAGUGCAAUACAAGUAAAAAAGGAGCGCGAGAAAUGAAAAAGCAAACAAAAUGUAAGCGUGAUGAUAAUUAAAAAUAAAUACAAAGAGGAAAAAGCGAAGUUUACGCGUGGCCACAACUCCGAAGCCGAAACCCGCAGCAGGAUCUCGCGGAUCCGAUCGCACUCAGCUCCUGGCUGACUGUGUGCGAGUGCCCGUGUGUGAGAGUGUACCCAGAGCAAGCCAAAUCAAUAAAUAAAAACCAAUUACAAAACAAAACGCAAAAAGAUACACAAAGCGCAGAAUCAACCUGUACGACAGACAGCGGCGGGCAGCGGAAGACAACGAAAAAUUGAUACGAAAAAUAAUAAGAGUGAAAAUCAUUCACGACGGCGACCAUAACGAACUCCGCCCUAGCAAUGAGCCAGCUGGGCACCGUCUACGCCACCAAGCGCAGGCGACGCAACGGCAAGAGCCUGAAGCCGCCGCCCAAGGAUGGCGUCACAAAGAGCAAUCCAUCAAAGCGGCAUCGGGAGCGCCUCAACGCCGAGCUGGACCUCCUGGCCUCGCUGCUGCCCUUCGAGCAGAACAUCUUGAGCAAACUGGAUCGACUGAGCAUUCUAAGGCUGUCCGUUAGUUAUUUAAGAACCAAAAGUUAUUUUCAAGUUGUUAUGCAUAAGGAUAAGGAGGAGAACGGAGUCCUGCCCCACAUACACGCACACGACGGCUACAGGACGCGGGAGCUGGGAGCCUUCGAGCACGGCCUGUUGGAUGGUGAUAUGUUCCUCCAGGCCCUAAAUGGAUUUCUAAUGAUACUGACAUGCGAAGGCGAAGUCUUCUUUGCCACGCACAGCAUCGAGAGCUAUUUGGGUUUUCAUCAGUCGGACAUUGUCCACCAGUCGGUGUACGAACUGGUGCACUCGGAGGACCGCGAGGAGCUGCAGCGCCAGCUGCUGUGGAACAGCUUCCUGCCCGCCGACAUGUCCAGCAUGCAGCUGGCGGAGACCCUGGCGCCGGACAAGGCGCUCUACCUGGAGCGCAGCUUCACCGUCCGCUUCCGCUGCCUGCUGGACAACACGAGCGGCUUCCUGCGCCUGGACAUCCGCGGCAGGAUCAAGGUCCUGCACGGCCAGAACCGCAAGACGGAGGAGCCCCCACUGGCGCUCUUCGCCUACUGCACACCCUUCGGACCGCCCAGCCUGUUGGAGAUCCCGCACAAGGAGAACAUGUUCAAGUCCAAGCACAAGCUGGACUUCUCGCUGGUGUCGAUGGACCAGCGGGGCAAGCACAUCCUGGGCUACGCGGACGCCGAGCUGGUCAACAUGGGCGGCUACGAUCUGGUGCACUACGAUGACCUGGCCUACGUGGCUAGUGCCCAUCAGGAGCUUCUGAAGACGGGCGCCUCCGGCAUGAUCGCCUAUCGGUACCAAAAGAAGGACGGCGAAUGGCAGUGGCUGCAGACGAGCUCGCGGCUGGUCUACAAGAACUCCAAGCCGGACUUUGUGAUCUGCACGCACCGCCAGCUGAUGGACGAGGAGGGCCACGAUCUGCUCGGCAAGCGCACGAUGGACUUCAAGGUCAGCUACCUGGACACGGGACUGGCGUCCACAUACUUCUCCGAGGCGGACCAGCUGGUGGUGCCGCCGAGUGCCUCUCCCACGGCCCACGCCCUGCCGCCGCCGGUGACGCCGACGCGACCAAAUCGUCGCUACAAGACGCAGUUGCGCGACUUCCUGUCCACCUGCCGCAGUAAACGCAAGUUGCAGCAGCAGCAGAAUCAGCAGCAGACUCAGCAAACCUCGCCCCUGGGUGGCCAGGUGGGAUCCCCUGCUCCAGCCGUGGCCGUGGAGUACUUGCCCGAUCCGGCGGCUGCGGUGGCCGCCGCCUACUCCAACCUGAAUCCCAUGUACACGACCUCGCCGUACGCCAGUGCAGCCGACAAUCUCUACAUGGGCAGCUCUAUGCCGGCCAACGCCUUCUACCCGGUCAGCGAGAACCUCUUCCAUCAGUACCGGCUGCAGGGCGCCGUCGGUGGCUACUACACAGACUACCCGCACUCCGGAGCCCCUGCCUCGGCUUACGUGGCGAACGGUUUCCUCUCCUACGACGGCUACGCCAUCGCCUCCAAGGCGGAUGAGAAGUGGCAGGAAACCGGGAAGUACUACAGUGGCUACAGCAGCGGCUAUGGCAGUCCAACAUCCACGCCACAGCAAAUUCCCCUCAAGACGCCCAAGUCUUCACCGCAGGUAAUGGAGGUGAUAUCCUGCUCCUCGGACGGACCCUCGCCAGUGGGUGGUGCCACGCCCAACGGAGUAGGCCAAAGUGUCACGCCCAAAGUGGAGUUGGCCGCCACAACAGCUGCUGCUGCUGCAGCUGGACAGGAUCCCUACGAGCGACAGACGGUGCUGAUGUGGGGCACCACGCACUCGAGUGGGGUUCCCCUCAACAGUCUGCAGGGCGGACGAAGUGGAACUGGAAAUCCAGGCUCCCCGCAGCGAACCACUCCGCUGACCAAUGGUCUGGGCUACGCCGCUGCGAACAAUAACAACAACGAGCACGAGCCUGCAACGGCGGCCAAGUGGAACGGGACAAAGGAGCUGCCGGGCAAGUCGGCCAGUGCCAGUACGCCGGAGAGCUACCAAAUGCAGCACGAUGACUCCGGCCUGUACUCCGCCUCCUCGCACACCACCUCGCCCCAGCAGCAGCAACAGCAGUUGCAGCAAUCGCAACGCGGAGGAGUUGUUUCCAAUGUUAGCGCUCCCAGCAGCUCCCUCACCAGCACGGGCACAGAUCAGCAGGCGGUGCACCCACCCAGUUGCCACCAGCAACAGCAACAGCAGCAACAACAACAGCAGCAGCAACAUCAUCACGCCCACCCACACCCGCACUCGCAUCAUCACCACCAUCAUCACCAUCACCACGAGACGGCGCAUCAGCAUGGCAGCGAGAUCAUCCUCACCACCCAUCAGCAGCAGCAGCAUUCGCAGCAGCAGCAGCAGCUGAGUGGUUAUCCACUUCACCAGCAGCUGGUGGGAGUUGGAUCAGGAUCAUCGCCACCUCCCCCGCCGCCAGCCUCCCUAUCCCGCUCGCCCACGGCCUUGCCAGCGGUCAGCAGUCUGCUCAACGGAUCGGCGGCUGCUGCAUCAGAUAUACCCUACCAGCAGCUGGCCAUUGUGUCCGCUCCCCUGGUGAUCUGCGCCGAGGAGGUGGGCGUGGGCGGUCGAAAGUCAGCAAAGCAGCAACAGUCCCUGCAGCAACUGCAGCAGCAGCAGACGCUGCAACAGCAGCAGCAUGCAAUAUACCAGCAGCAACACCACCACACGCAGCAUCAUCCGCAUCCACAUCCGCAUCAUCAGCUGCUCUAUCCGGCGAACAUUACGGCGCACACGGCCCUGGCCUACGCCCCGCCAACCGCCGGGGGGGCGUACGCCGAUGGCAGUCCGCUGCUCUCCUUCUCCGAGGUGACCAACACGCUGCUGAACCAGUGAGUGUCGUCCAGUGGGGAGGACACACAGUUUUGCCAAAAUGUGGACUAUGACUAUCGUAUCUUCCAUACAAUCUGAACCAGCUACGAAUGGAUAUAGCCAGAAGAGCACGCCAUUCGUCCACUCCAUCCACUCCUUGGUUGAAUCCCAGAAGAAAAGACAACAGCAGCCCCAGCAGAGAAGAUUUCUAUUUAUUUUACUGUGAUAAUUUAUAGAUACAUUGUAUAUUGUAUGUGACACUAGGUUUGCCCAUUAACAAAUCCACAACAGCCGUAAAAUCCGUAUCCAGACUUCCAGGGAAUUGGGAAUGGGUACUGAGACCUUAACCAGCACAAAGUUAGAAGAAAAUGCCGGUUCGAUCCUAAGCUUCGAUCAUUCAAUUUCAGUUGUAGUUGCAACCAAAGAUUUCUCUAACUUAUACUUAUCGUUUUAGCAUAAUGCGAUCCAUCCAAUUGGCUUCGGUUUGCUGCGCCAAACUUUAGUUACAUUUCAGUUGCGCUCGCGAACAGAGUGAGGAUAAAAUGCCUAAAUAGUUGCGUUUAAGAGUGCUUAAGUAGCAUUUAAGUGAAUAAAAGAUGCUUGUAUCCAUAUUUAAUUGAACCCUAGACGUAACGAGUAAUGCAAGACAAAGUAAUUUUCAUGAUUCCUAUCGUUUAGCAAGUAAUUAAAUUAAUCCGUAAGCGGAUGUAUCCGUGAACACACAUAUUGUACUGUAUGUUUAAAGUUUUCUUGAAAUUUCUAGUCGCCCGCAUAAAAACCUUUACUUAUAAAUUAAACAAAUACCAUAAUGUACUUGGCAAUUCGGCAGGCAAUACUGUAGGUAGUCUGUACUACUACUCGUAUGAUGAUAACCGACUAUUGGCAACCAGCGAAAAGUAAGCUAUCAAAAUUACCGCUUAAAAUUUAACGAUUGAUUAUGUAUCCGAAAAAACGAAACAAUAAAUUUAAAGUGUAGAUAAUCUGUCAGCUAAUUGACGAAACAUUUAAUACAAUUUCAAUUAUGAAUUUAUAAAAGAAAACCGAGUGCAUGUAAGGUGCGCCCAUCCAAAACAAUCAGAGCGAAAUAAAUCUAGAAAA